AGUCACCGCAGUGGCUGAGCUGCUGACAGGAGGCGGCGGCGGAGGAGGAGGCGAGGCAAGACCUGCGGCUCGGCCUGGCCACAGCUACUGUAGCGCUAGCCAAGCCUACCGAGCCACGCCGGCCUCAGCCCGCCCGCGAACCUUUCACCCCUUCUCCUUCCCCCCCAUCCGCCGGGCUGCUUGCCCGCCGGACUCAUCGCGGGCGGCCUAGUCUGCACCACCCGCCGGGCUCCUGGGGCUGCCGCCCCGCGCGGCCCUGUCGGCGUCCCAGGCCGCGCCCGGCCUCCGGUCUGCUCGCCCGCCGGCACCAUGAUGGAGGAGAUCGACCGGUUCCAGGUGCCCACCGCGCACUCGGAGAUGCAGCCGCUGGACCCAGCCGCCGCCUCCAUCUCAGACGGAGACUGUGACGCCCGGGAGGGUGAGUCAGUAGCCAUGAAUUACAAACCAUCCCCGCUCCAAGUGAAGCUGGAGAAGCAGCGGGAACUGGCGCGAAAGGGCUCCUUGAAGAAUGGCAGCAUGGGUAGCCCUGUCAACCAGCAACCCAAGAAGAACAAUGUCAUGGCCCGGACCAGGCUGGUCGUCCCCAAUAAAGGCUACUCCUCGCUUGACCAGAGCCCAGACGAGAAGCCACUGGUAGCCCUUGACACGGACAGCGAUGACGAUUUUGACAUGUCCAGAUAUUCUUCCUCUGGCUACUCCUCUGCUGAGAUCAACCAAGAUUUGAACAUCCAGCUGCUGAAGGACGGCUACCGGUUAGACGAGAUCCCAGACGAUGAGGACCUGGACCUCAUACCCCCCAAGUCCGUGAACCCCACCUGCAUGUGCUGCCAGGCCACGUCCUCCACCGCCUGCCAUAUUCAGUAGCGGGCGGGGCCGCCGCGGCAGUCGGGACAGGGCUGAGCGGGCCAGGCUGGGCGGGCAGGGGCCGACACCUCCCCAGCUCGUCCACCUGUCCCCGGCCCAGCGCCCUCUACAGCCGCAACCUCGUAACAGUCAUUGCUUCCUCCUAUGGUAGGACGUGUACCUCUGUGUGUUCAUGGAGACGGAGAAACCAAAACCGGGUCCCUCUCCACCCCGGGGCUGAGGAGGGGUAGGGGCUGUUUGUUCAGUUACUUGGGGGGCCCUACCCAGCACUCUGCCCCGUCUCCCAAGGCUGCAGUCUGGUGUCGGGGAGGGGGAACUGGAUGGCAGGGAGGCCAAGAGUAAUGAGUGAGAGGAGAGAUCAUAAGGCCAGGGGCUUGGCCCCAUCCUAGCGAAGCCAUGAAUCCCCAGCCCCAGCCUGUUACGGAAAGAGGCUUGGAGAGAGGAAGGCCCGAGCCGUGGGAACCGGGCCCAGCACUUGAGAGCCCCCUCCACGCGCCCCCUGCCGGUCCAUGAACCUAUUUGCGUUUAUCCCCUCAUCUCCAGAUGGGAAGCCUAGCAAAGCCGCCCAGAGGGAUAUUGCCCUACCCCCCACCAUCUUGAUUACAUCAAGAGGAGGCCUUUUCCUCCUCUUUGCCCCACUCACCCCUCUCCUUGCUCUCUGGGUUGUGGGGGAGGGUAAGGUGGGCUUUGGAGACAGGCCAGGGUUUGGGGUGAUAUAAUCCGUCCUCCCUUGCCCCUAACCAAUGUAUCGCUCUGCCCCGCCCCUCCUAUGCUUCCGUUCUGUGGUCUCUGUCCCAGGCUGGAAGGGGCGGGGCGGGGAGUGGAGGGGGUUAAGGCCGGCAGCGGAAGCCCCGUUCCCAUCCCACCCAGGCCGAAGAUUCCGGAGGCUGAUUCUCAGCAAGACUCUGCAAGGAAGCAAGCUGGAUUGAGUGACUGCAUGUGUGUGGUAGGGAGAGCCUGGCAGAAUGUAUGUGUUGAGGUGUCAGGGUGUGUGUCUGUCUGUUCUCUGAGUCGGGCCUGUCCCUCCAGGUCUCCAUCUGCAUGUGUCCAUUUCUGUCACAGAUGUGAGCUUCCAUGGUGGCGAAGUGUCUGUGUGGUCUGGUAACAGAGAGGCUGCUCAGCACUUCAAUGGACUGAGAGCCUUGGACUGGGAGUUAAAAGUCUGGGUUCUCAUACCAGCUCUGACACUCUCCCUGUGAUCUUCAACACAUCACUUCUUUCUCUGGGCAUGUUUCCUCAACUGUAAAAUGAGCAGUAGCUGCAAUUAUUUUUACAGUCCCUUCAUACCUGAGGAAUUUCUUUGUAGGAGUUUCUGUGGAGGUGUGUGGGGAGUUCUCUGUGUCUUUGAGUACACCUGAGGAGCUCUCCAGGUUUGCAUCUCUGUGUGGAAAAGGAAGGGGGCAGUUUUAAAUAGAUCUGUUUGGGAAUACAUGUAUCUAUAUGUGUGUGUCUGUGAAUGUGUAUAUGUGUGUGGAUGUCUAUUGUGUGCGUAGCUGUACCGGGCAUCUGUGGGUCAGAAUGUAUGUACUGUUGCUUCUGCUUCUGCUGCUGAUUUGUGGGUGGGGGAAAGGAAAGGAGAGGAUGAAAAAGAAGAAGGAAGUGAUUGGGACCCUCCUCUGAGCUGGGCAAUAUACACCUGCCCCCAUGGGAAGGAAAAUGAAAGUGUAGAUAACCUAAAGCUGCUCAGGCCUAUGCCCCACAAACCUGGUAUUUCAGGGCCAAGGUGUACAACUCCCCAUUCCUCCAUGUUGACACUCCAACAUGCUGGCAUAUCCACUCUCAUGUCUGCCACUCACAUGCUGCAAGCAUGUAAUGGACACACCCACAGCCCACCCUCUGGAUGCCAGUUCUGGGAGGUGGGAGGCUAGAAGGGGGGUAGUGACGGGGGGAGUGAGGCUGCUGGCUUAGGAAGGGUAGCACCUCUCGCUGCACCACACUCAGGAGCUGCCAACUCCAGUGUGUGGAGGUGCAGCUCUCCACUCCCUACUCCCUCUACCCACUCCUCCCUCCUGUAGUACAGGGACCCUAGUUAGAUGAGAAAAUGCCAAAGGAAGGGAAAGACAGAGAAGGCACCUACAGGGCCCACAAAGUUCAAACUGGCCCCCAUCGGUGCCCAUUUCCCUACCCCAAUCAGCAUCCCCCCCCACCAUCUGGGCCCCAGGGUCAGGCCUCCCACUACCACCACCACCACCACCCAGCCUCCUUGACUCAACCAUCUAGAACAUGGGUACCUCUUUAUCAGGCAGAGCCCCUACCAGGGCUCACUUAGACUGUUGCCUUUGCUGCUCACGUGCUGUGUGACUCUGGCCCUGAGAAACCAGGGAAAGCUCCCUCCCAUCAGGACAUACAUAGACCCCUGGCAAGCAAGGGCUUUAGAUUGAGGCAGUGUACACAUGACAGGAGAGGUAGGAAGCUGAUGGUGGGCAGCUUUUGGAUCUGGGGAGAGUGCAUGUUUCCCUCCUUCCCUGUUUGGGAGGCUGGAGGGGAAAAAUCAAGGCCUUAGCUUGCCCCCCUGCCACAUUCCCCCUUGUAGAUACUGCCUUAACACUCCCUCUACUCUCAGCUGUGGCUGCCAACCAGCCAGGUUUCUCCGUGCUCACUAAUUUAUUUCUAGGAAGGUGUGUGAAAGACAUGAGCCGUGUAUAAUAUUUUUUUUAACAUUUCCAUUGCAGUAUUGACCAUCACCCUUGGUUGUGUAUCGUGUAACACAAAUAAUAUUAAAAGCAUUAAACAAGCCA